GUUCUGCCUACUUUUUCAACUAUAAAAGGUACGAAAAGAUUUGUCUUACGCACACAAUCUUGAAGACACAAUGAGUACGGCACACAAUUACCUUGUUUUCUUUCUUGUUGUAUUCUUCUUCUUGAGCGCUUCAACAGCACUUGAAGAACAUAAACAAAAGAAUGACACUGCGGCCGCGACUGUUCACAUCAUAAACGGCAUGGCCAGGAACUCGGAAGCAAUUCAAGUUCGAUGCAGUUCUAGAGGUGGUGAUCUCGGCUACCAUGCAAUGGGUGCUGGGGAUAAUUAUGUUUGGAGUGUAGAAUUACAGAGGGCUUUGUAUUACUGUGAAGCCAUGUGGGGUGUCAGGUAUUUCGCCUCUUGGCAUGCUUUUCAACCCAAGAGAGACACCGGACGUGGGACGGUGUUUUGGCUUGUUAAGGAGAAUGGAUUAUUUCUCAGUUGGGAUAAUUCUACCUGGGUCAGAAGAUCUCAGUGGCAAACUGAGUGACAUUUAAUAUUUGAAUACUAUUUACACAUCAACGAGGAGCUAUAAUCUUGGUAUGCAAUUGUCAAUAAAUUAAUCCUUUUUCAAAUUCUCCUACCUUCUUCAUAAAUUUGAAUUUGAAAUUUUCUAUACUUAAAAAUUAAAGCCCUCUUUUAAUU